CAGAAAGUAUAUAGGAGGCUAUGCCAACAACAAUCACGCCGUAGAAAGUUUCAACCAUGUCACGGAGGGGUUCAGGGUUGAAAGUCUGCUGGUACUAUAUGCAAGGAAGGUGCCGCUAUGGCGAACGCUGCCGCAACGUGCAUCCUGUAUCAGAGGAUUACUUCGACGACGAAUAUGAAGAAUCUCGCCUUUCGAGCGGUAAAAGAGCGACAGACUUCGAUUUUAACGGCACUCUUGACAAUGUGCUGCGGCAGGAGCAGACCAAGCAUUACCGCAACGAAAGUUUCCAAAGGAGAUACGGCGAUACGUAUCACUCGCCGCAGACGAACCGGUACUCUGGCGGUGAUCGCUACAGCUACCAACCGCAACAGCAUAAUAGGUUUCAAGCCCUUCGAGACACGGAAAGGAACAUUCAUCGGCACAUCGAUUCCGGCCAACGCGACCAACAACGGUUUCCGUUGUUUCGGAGUGCUGAAAGAAGUGAAAACAGCCAGAAAGCUGCGGCACUGAAGUUUGACUUCAAUAAAACGCUCCAGGAGGUGACCAAGGCCGAAAACAACUUAAGUGAUCUGUGCAGUUAUGAAGUUGCUGUUGUAUCUGACAUGAAGCAGUGGCAGGCAAGUGGGCAAUGGCUAUUCACAUGCUAUGGGCCAUUUGGAAAUUCAGCAUCAUACCCAGGAUUUUGUGACAUGUCAAUGGAGGAGUUGCGACUGAACUUCUACAAUGCUUUGCAAGCAGGAGCAGUUGGAGAUUAUGUCAAUUGUGUUAAACAAACCACCAUAAAUGUGCAGCAAAAUAUUCAGCACUUGCUGUUAAUGCCUCCAGAUGUAAGGAAUUGUUUGAAAAAUCUUUGUAAUGAUCAAGCCACUGCAAGUCUACCAACAUCUUUUAGUACAGCUCCGUCUAGCCUGCCACAGGUAGCUUCUACAACAGCAGCUUCCCUUUUUACGUUGCAACCCAAGUUGCAAAGUUCAACACAGCAAAUUACAAGGCCAGUGAACACAGGCAGGGCCCAGAAAGACACAGUAGCUUAUUACACAUACUCACUUGUGGAAAGUCUGGCACCUGAGCAAAAAGAGCAGUUUCUGGCUCAACAUUUCACACCUGGAAAAAUACCUGUAGUGCCACCGCCCGAGGAGUAUUGCGAUGCUACUUGAGCGCAGAGAAACAACAUUCUGCUUCAGGCUCAAAUGUUAGUCUCACACAAACAACAAAGACUUUGAGAACUGUGCCGUCACCAUGAGGAGUGCUUCGGCAUGUGAUAUUGCCACUUACGGCUGCUGCAGUGGUGGCCACAGGGUUUUCAAUGCUUGAUUCCUUCCAUUUUAUACAUGUGUGCACAUAGGUAGAUUUUUCACAUAAGAAAAGAUCUCUUAUGUUGAUAGUACCACACUUUAUCCUUGUGUCGAUGGUACUGCAUGUUUGCAAGCUUGAAGUCAUUUUUUGAAAGAGGAAGUGGAGAAAGCAAGGUUGCAUUAAUUAGUGCACUGCAGAUUUGUGAACAAAAAUAUUGAAAGGUAGACAUAUCCAGACUCUUCAAAGUCCUCUGUGAUAAUAUGAAUCUAAGUCGGCAUGAUUAAUAUGAAAGUUCCUUAUUAGUGUCACUUUCUUCCUAUUUCACUUUUCUUGUUGUGCAUUCGUUUCUCAGUAUUUGUGCCCUGUUAGCAAACACUCCACAUUUGGUUUAAUUCAUGAAUAAAUUUUCACCCACUAGAAAAGCUUGUUUCUUAUUAGUCAUCUCUUCUUGCGUGACACAUUUAUUUGAAUAAUUUGCGAGUUUCACCUGUAGCAUGCGGGCUGCUGCUAUUGUUUUGUGAUCUGUGUUGUCUUGUUCUAAUUGUUUCUGCUGGAAGCUCCGAGGAUGAUGCCAGUGUCUUGGAGUGCAUCAGCUUGUAGCAAUUACAUUAUUUUUCCGGUAUUUAUUUGAAUAAACAUUUUGCAAACUGUAGAGCUGUAAAAGUGUGGUUUUAGUAGACAGAGUUCGUAUGUUACCUUUGCAUUUGUGUGCAUUUUUGUUCAGUGAGUCGUAGUGCAGUUGACGAUCUAUAUGUUAAAAAAAAUGUUGACUGUGAUAUGUACGUACAUACCUUUGCAAGUUUUGAGUGACUUCUUUCAAGUUUUGUUAAAUGCCAAGGCUGUUCUGUGGCUGUAUUCAUUAUUGUCUCAUAAGCACUGUAUUCAUAAGUUUAUUUUUAUAGCAUAAAAGUAUGUACUUUCACAAUGAAACUUUGCUUGUAAACUUAAAUAAAUUCUGUCAAGCAAGUUUACUGCUGCAUACAAAAUUUUGUAUGGAUGUUAUA